AUGGUUGCGCAGUCCUCAAGGUACGAAAGCCGAACAAACCUCUUCCUCCGUAUCCGCGACCCGCAGUACUCGUCUGAAUACACGAUUGACAUAACGAUAGGUUGGCAGAGUGUGCAUCGUCACCAGGGGCCGAUUCGCCGGAAAGAAGCGGCACCAAGCAACACGCUUUCCCCCAUGCCAUCGUCUGCGGCAUUGAGCGAUACCCCUCUCAAGUCACCCGUCAAGCCAUUCAUCAAGAUCGUGAACUACACGCACCUGAUGCCCACCCGUUACACUCUUGAGCUUGAGGGACUUAAGGGUGCCGUGUCAGCAGACAAUUUCAAGGAGGUCUCGCAGAGGGAAGAUGCCAAGAAGAACGUGAAGAAGGUGCUGGAGGAGCGGUACCAGAGCGGGAAGAACCGCUGGUUCUUCACGCCACUACGGUUUUGA